UCCCUGCUCCCGAUAUGACUAAUUCAGAGGGGUGCCUACGAACAAUUAGAUAACCCUAAUUGAAUCCUUAAUGUAUUUUAAGUACACCUUUUAGUCAAACAACCACGUGUAGCGGUGGGCGGAGAUACGAUGAAAAACACUGCAUAGGAUUUGUUUGUAAAAAUAAUAUUGAUUCAGUAUUUGAAAGGCGUUACCGAGCCGCAUGCGGAAUAUAGCGAACUGCGGACUGUGGUGAAAAUUUAUCAUAACUUUAAGAGUAUUGGAUUUUCGGAUAUCUCCGGAAUUUUAUUCAUCGACCAUUUCAGAGAGCGGUGUAGUGUGUACGCUACAAUCCCUUCACGGACCUCGUGUUUUCAAGUGACUUUUAAAUCCCCCUUUCCUGUGUUGUGCACUUUCUAUCAUUCACACGGUUGUACUGUGACAUAUAUAGUACACGGCUUGUAGACCGGUACUUCUGUGAACUGACCUAUCUGGACAUGUUAUAAUGCCGGUUCCCAGUUGUCCACGAGAUCCCACAGGUAAGAAUGGACCACUUUUUUUUCAACAAAAACUUCUCAAUUUAUUUUUUAUUUACUUUUUCCACUUGACAUGAAAAGGUGAUCGCUGUCAUUCUUUGCGAGCCAUUAAAAACCAGCAGGACAAAACGCUCAUGUUAAGUUAACAGUGGUUUUAAGGCUUUGUGUGUAUUAGAAGCUGUGACCAAAUUAUUCCAUUUGUAUUGUGACCAAACGUUUGGUUUCACAAUGUUGUAGAAACAGGAAAAAAAUAGUGGGGUUAAUCGGCAGAACAAUUCAUGGAAAAACCAAUUGUUUUAUUCACAAAAUGAUAAUAGCGCAUUUAAUUUAUUCUUCCUUCAUUGCAAUGAUCUGAUAUCAGACGGUGUCUUAGUUGGCAUUGUACGAGGUUCAUUGUGUGGACAGUUCAUAUUCCGAACAAUGACGAUAUUGAAUCACGACAAAGUCAGAUAUCGAAGAAUCUGUAGCUUUAAGAAAAUCCAGCCACAUUACAAUGUGUAAUUACUGCGUAUUUAAACUGCCAAAUUAAUUAAUGUUCUAGAAUAAUGCAUCUUUAUAUGUACAAUGUACCUGUGUUUAUUUCUAAAUAUAGGUGUUCAAAAGGAAUAUGCGUCUUCGUAUUGAAAAUGCUCAAUGACAGUUGCAAGUCUUUAUUAAAGCCUAAUUUAAUUGAAAAGAUUUUGCAAUAUUUUAAAACGAUGUUGACACACAUGUGCUUAAGGCGGAUUUAAGAGUGGAAUUUUAGGUUCUAACAUCGACAUGGACAAGUCCAAUACAAUUUUACUAGACGACUUUUCAUAGGACACAUGCCUAUUCAAUUCUUCUUGUAAAAAUAUGGCCAAAUAUUUAAAGAAAAAUUACCUGUGGUGAAAAGAUCUUUAGCUAAACACAGUUCGCUAUUAAGAACUUACAGGUCUCCGAGAAAAGAAGAUUAUUCCUUUAUUCUCUAUUUAAUAUUAAAACAAGUCAACAGAUGAAUUUUUAUAAGAGUUUGGUGUUUAAACAGGGACUUCUUUAGAGGUCAAAUUUAGGACAGUUCAAAGUAUUAAUGAGAUUCCGAUUGCAUUAUUGCGUCUUGAACGUAAAGCGUGGAUGACUCAAGGGAAAACAAAAGUGGCUAGCUGUGUCCUACUGUUUCAAGUGGAGGCCAAAUUUAGAGGGGUUUAACUUUGAUAUGGUUUCCUCAAGUGGAGGAUUUCUAAUUGAAUUGUCUUCAUAUUUCAAGUAUAUUUUACCAUUAUUAUGUCUGAUUCAUGAGAAAAGAAGGUUUGAUACCGUUAACAUAGGAAGCACAUUUUUCCUUUGUUGAACUGAAUCGAGAAGGGUAAGCGUUCGGGUUAAUUUGGAGGGGUAAUCUAAUUUCCGUUAUUUUCAGCUCGUACAAAGAAAUUGUUAACAAAGUGUUACUGAUUUCUCGACUUCUAUUUAGCGAUGUUUAAUGCACCAGUGAGAGGGAGAGAUAGACAAGCUACUUGUCUCUAUCUCGGUUUUGAUCUGCUCCUUGUUAAAACUCUGCUCCGGGCACCUUAAAAUGCAACUCUUCUGUCGAAAUGUUGUUAACAAAGACACCCAGUAUUAAAACAAUACCAUAUAGCCAUGUCAUUCACUCGUAUCUCCAAAAUCAUCAAGCUAAACACCUGAAGACGUUUUAACGACUAAAUCUGUGAUCUAAAUAUUUUUCUUCUCAUUGUGUGGAUUCUGUCGGAUUGGUGCCACACGUCACGGUACAAGAUGUCUACCACAUACCCCAACCAUUCACAAAUCCCCGUCCGGGCUCUGUUUCCUGAUUGUUGUAUCAGAUAGCUUAAUAUUUGCUUAGAAAGAAAACAGGAUUAGCGAUUUGACUUAUCUUCAUCUGCUGUCAACGUGCAAAAUGUCUACAGCCAUCUGGGACUAAUAAAAUUUCCCAGACUAGGUGCACCGUCAGAGCUCUAACAUGUGCAACAAAACUCUUAUCAAACUGCUGCCAAAAUUAAUGUCUUAUUCGUUCCUUGAAAAUGUCCAUGCUGUUUUACUCAACCAUAAAGAAUGUCAAUAUUAUAGAAUCGACAAGAGAAGUCUUUGAAGACCAUGCAGUGCACGCCUUCUCUUACACAUUUAACGUUUCAUUCUUACUUAUUCUUCCGCCAAAUUUCGAAAAUAAUCCGAGAUAAUAACGAGUUCACCAUUUACUUUGUAAAUAUGUACUGAACACUACUUAAAGCACUUAAUUCAUAAGUCGUCCACAUGUUUACUACCUACAAAUGUUGCUGUAAUUUGUAUGCUUGUUUGCUUUACCUAAUUCUGUUUUGUCUCUGAGGUUCAGUCUACUCACAGGAAAACGCCGGUUAUUUAUUUUGUUCGCGAUAAGAGGUGUCCGGCGCCCGACGCUUCGAAAAAUUUCCCGGUCACGGUUGGUCCCGAGAAACAAAGGAAUUUUAACCAUCCUGACCCCUGACCAUUUAUCUCGUGCGAUAACCGAAGAAAUGGAAAUUAAUCGCUGGACCACGUAGAUAUUUGAAAAUCUGGAAUACAUUUUCUUAUCUGGAUGUAAUUACAGAAUGCCAUCUCUUCCUAAUCCAUUCAUAUCCAUCACUUUUCAUUUGACAAGGAAGGCUAAACAAUCUACCAUUUUACGGUGCAUGCACUGUCUACUAAACAAAUAAACUUUUAAUUUUCAUGCUUCCAUAAAACGUCGAUGGGCAGAAUCCAUAAAGAGGUUAUCUAAACGUUUUACUUCUUCGCAGUUCUGUAUCUCUGCCAUAAAACGUUUACAGGUCUGCGCUUGGACCCCUCCGUCCGACACUAACUACCGACCACGGGUCGUAAAAUUCAGUGGAUUAUCGGGACGCACCGGACAAUGGUACACGAUCAGACUUAAUUAUUUUCCAUGUGCUUGUUAAACAUAUGUCUGUUCGCGUAUGUGCAGAUGCAGGGCGAUGGAGAGUCAUUACAAGAUUUUAGAUUAGCAUCAAAAAACCCCAAUCCGCCCUGAUCAGAGACUAAAAUCAAUGAAUAAUCGUCAUUAUUCACUGUUCUGACAGUUGCGAAAAGGAUUUUCACACGCAUUCUUUUUAAUGGCGAGUUGUUCUAAUGCUCGGACAUCAGGGUCAUUAUCAAGACGGGCUGCAGAUGGAUUGUUAUUGGGAAAAAUUCAGUGUGUCAAUUCAGCAUGCUCUCUCUCUCUCUCUCUCUCUCUCUCUCUCUCUCUGAGCUCUCUCUCUCUCUCUCUCUCUCUCUCUCUCUCUCUCUCUCUCUCUCUCUCUCUGAGCUCUCUCUCUCUCUCUCUCUCUCUCUCUCUCUCUGAGCUCUCUCUCUCUCUGAGAUCGAGCUCUCUCUCUCCCUCAUUAUGCAUUCUAUCUCUCAUUAUACAUUAUAAAUGCAAAGUGUUGAUGUUGUGUGCGAAGUUUAGAUUUCCUGCUGAUAAACAGAAAUACUUUAGAAGUUGUUAACGACAGCGAGUAGUACGAACUUAAUAAAAGGUAAACAACGAGCACUGAUCAAUAGGUGAGAAAUAGCAAACACUCCAUCUGCCGAAAUUCAUAUAAAAAAUACUCCUUCAAUUAAACAAGGUAUUGACAAAGGUGUCUGUUUUAAAUCAAUACUCUUUGUUUUCGGGACAAGGAAACAAGUUUUCACAACUGUUGACUAUAUAAACCGAUAUCGACAAUAAUUCAUCAAUAUGCAGUAAUUGGAGAUUUGUUCGGACUUUGGUUAUGUGAAAUCUUAAGUGGGCCAUUCUUGUGAAGUCGCGUGAGUCUUUUUAUCGGGUGUUCCGUGUUAUAAUGGAAAUGUCAAAUACUCCCAUAACAUCUGAAUUGGUACGGACCAUAAUCUGGUCAAAUCAAAAUACCUGAUGGUGUAUUGAUUACUAAUUUCCUUCCCAACGAAAUGAUGGGAUUAUCCAGUUAGGAUGUAUAUGUUCUACAGUUUCGUUUACUAGUAUUUCUAAUGAUGUUCAACGAGUGCAAUAAACAAAUCCACGGUUACCUAGAAAUCAAACAUCUUUUUUUAUUCUUUCUAAAUUUACAAAGAAAAACUCAUACACAUGUAAUAUUGCAUAUAUUGCAAAUACGUCUAAUCGUCAAAUAUAAAAUAGCAUCAUGUGUGUAAACACAACCCCUGUUUCUGAUAGGAAAUAUAAGAACAAAAUUGUCUGAGACUAGGUUCAAUAUCACUGAAUUCACACAUGCUGUAGAGAUAAUGAAAUGUCACGCUGCUUUGCUCGUAGAGAAUAUGACCGAAGUCUGAUAUGUCUAAAAUUCUGACUGUAUGUAAUGAUUUUUUAUUUUUUUUUCGUCUUCUAUAUUUCCGGACCCGUGUCAAGUCCUCCACAUACAGUAUGUAGAAGGAAUUUAAUUUAAAAAAUACUUCGAAUAUUUUUUCCUGUUCCAUUUAAACACAUAAUAUAUUCUCUCUCAUAUUGGGUUCGAAAAAUCAAUGAGGAGCGCCAUACAUCAUUACCGUUUUAUUGAGUAUGCACCAAGGUUCUAUGUUUGGGAGAUACCAAUCAUCUUUAAAACCAUUCGGAGGGACGCCUAAGACAGUCUUAAGCCGUAUAAAACGAGCGUUCUCCGGAGCCUCCUAUUUGAUGUGUCCUCCGCGCGCUCUCCCUCGAAGAGACAGGUGCGUGAUGAUUAGGUUCGUUAAAUGAUUUUAAGACAAUCUUCGCCAAACGAUUGAAAGUUUCGGCAAUCCAUCUUUGCAGUUGAUAAACAAAUGUGACGUGAAUCAAAAAGGUGGAUUGAUUUUUCCAUUAAUUUUGAAAGCCGUCUUGGGAUACCGAAAAAUUGAUGGCAUACAUUUCUAGACCUUUUCAUGGUUGAUCCCCAUGGGGUAGCAAAACAUCCUUGCGACAUUUCCCCAAAACGGCAUUCUGUUCAAUACAACAAACUCGCGUUGUUUCUGUGCAUUUCAAAAACACCCAAGACCCCGGUAUUCAUAGAUUUUUAUCUUAAAGCUUAUAAGUAACAUUGCUCCAGUGAUUUGUCAAAAUUAACUUAUACUUCAUAAACAUGUACUUUUAACUAACUUUAAGGAUCUUUAAAGCAUUCCAGCGUUAGAAACCCGUAUCCAUGUUUCUGGAACGCUUGACUGCAAGUUUAAUUGUUUACGUGAGGACCAUGGUCGAUACAAUCAUUGAACGACCUGUCCAACAAAUGAACAAUGAAGUACCAUUCUCUGGACUUACAAUCUCGUUAUGACUGAUGUUAGACGGCCUAACAACGCUAUACAAUCAAUAAAAGCAGAUUCUUAUGUUAUAAGAGGAUAUGAAAAUGAACAGUGUAUUAUCGCUUCAAUUUACUCAGACCCCACAGUUCGAUAGACCGUUAUCGGAGAUGUAUAAUUACCGACCAGGACCCAGAAUAUCAGAUACUGAGAAAAUGAUCUAUAUUCAAAGGAUAUUUAUCAGGAAAAAAACCUGCGCUGCAACAACCACCGGACUUUGUAAAGGAAAUCGAGGGAACCUAUUUAUAUCGGUAUCUCGGAUUUUAACUCAUGGAUGUAUGUCUCGAAAGUCACUUUGUGCACCGUUAUCAAUCGAAACAAAAUACUAAAACAAAAAAAAGGAAAAUACAUAACUAUCAUUGAACUCUUGUUAAAAAACAAAACCUAAAAUUGCCCAAAACCACUGAGGCUUUUUCCGCUCUCAGUCGUUAUCAGAUUGUGUAGCUGGUACGCAGUUACUGUGAGUAGUCUCGUGGUUUUUUAUUCAAUCAAGAUCCGGCUUUUUAAAAUUUUUUAUCAUUUCCACUGAUGCAUGUUAAAGAUUAAUUUUGAGAAUUCAUUAAAAAACAAAUGCAAAUAAAUUGAACUCGUGGUAGUUAUCAUAAGCGUGUAUUUAUCGGGUGCAAUUAAAGAAAAGUAGUUUGUCAUUACUACAAAUUAAACGAACACCAUAGCAAACACCGUCGUUCGCUGGACGAGGUAAUGUCACCCUAGGUAAUGUGUGAAAGAUCGGAUAUUGCCGACCAGCGUGUGGACUCCGUCCUCGACCUUUCAAUUUGUUUAAUGAGCUAUCGUGUCAUUGAGAUGAAUGGGGAAAUAUCUUAUGGGCAACAAUCAUUGAGAUUAAUGGCAAAAUAUCAGAUGGGCAACAAAAUUUGCCUUUUAUAAUACGCUCUAUCGCUUGAGAAAAAGAUAACUAUAUCAGGUUAUGGCUGCAUUGUGCAACAGAUUCACUACAACAUCUUGGCUCGAAAGAGCAAGGAUGCGCGGUCUCAACAGUGAAACACAUAAAACUGUAUCAAAUAUUUAUUUUUACGAGUGUUUUACUGCCUCUUAACAAUGAGGCAGUUACGAUUUAUUGAUUGAUAAUUGGAAUUUUCUCCGUAGAUGUGUUAAUUUGAAUGGCGGGAUUCAGCACACACAUAAGCAGCCCGGAGUUGUGAUGGUGGACGCUGAUCAAACGACAUCUUAAUUCUUUGUCUUUUUUGAAUAUCAAUGAUCGAUAAAAUGCAAUAAAAGCAGCAAAUAUUCUAAUAAAAAUCUUGCUCUGCUGUAGUUAAAUGAUACUUUGACGGGAGUGUGAUUGGGGUAUUAAGUACGGAUUUUCACUCUUUGCAGACAUGACCCAAUUAAAUUGUCGUUAUUUGAUCUAAACCCGAACAGAUGUCAAUUCUGAAAUCUUCUGGUCCAGGACAACUGUUUACAGUGGUUAAACACUCUACGUGCAGGUCCCCUGUCCCGACCACUCUCAUAAAGAACGGAUGCUAGUCCACCCUGAACAAACCUGUAUUGAAUUUUAAAUAAAGGGUUUGGAAACAUUUUUUCUGAAGAGCUUUCAAACAAAAUUAAAACUUGUUGAGGGCAACGGGCGUGUUUUGGGCAACUAACAAUCUGCUAGGCUUUCUGUUCAGAACCCAGAUGACCACGUGAAAAGUUUUCCGUCCUUGACAUCGUACAAUAUAUUUUUGUAGGAAUACAUCAUAAUAGUCUCUCGGAAGUGAUAUCUUAAAAUAAGUAUAACGAUUGUAUGGGACUAAGGAUCUAAAAGAGCUGUCAUACGCUAGUUACAAAGAAUGGGGAGCCCAGUUGUCCCUUUAAGUAAAGUUGUCAGGAUAUUGCGGUUUUCUCACCACACAUGACGAUAACAAAACCUCGUGUCAACGGAAUCUAGCGAAAUCAAGGGCAUUUUUGCGUUGCCAAGAUAUUUUCAAAGAUUUCCCAGAGAAGGCAUGAACAGUGUUCUUUUUUAUCUUUCAAUACCUUUUUUCUGGAAGAAUUUAAAUAGAGUGACACUUUCAUAAAUUCUUUUAAUGUUGUCUUUUCCGUUUGUCCGAAAUAAUCGCAUAAUCCCUUUGCAUGGGGCAGAAGAAGUUACUAUGAAACCUCUUGUUCAUCUUUCAUUGUUAUUGAACUUGUAUCUUUUAUUCAUAUUUAUCAAUGUCGUCUACGACAGGUAGAAUGAUUUUUGCAGCGGCAUUAAAAAGAAAAAUCUAUAUAUGCGAAUUAACCCAUUUGCUUCUUUCGAGCAUAAAAUAAUUUUUGUUUUUUGUUGGUGUCAAAUGUUAUUUUAAUAACAAAACAUCAAUAUGCGAAAGCUUAAUUAGAAAAAAAUGCACUAUCUUCAAUCAUGUUAUAGAAAUAUAAGAUGUCACAGGGGGAUUUCACGUUCAGGAGACGGAAAUCUGUCAAAAACUAUUGAAGAUUAAAACCGUCUCGUUUCAUUAUCUGUGUUCGGAUAAUGCAGCAACUCUCAUGUUUCGUAUAUUGUCCCGACAAACAAAAGAUGUCUCGUACAAUAUGGUAGAGAGUUGAAUGCAAUACGAGAGAGAUUGAUGAAUCGUAGGCUCUCAUAACAAACUUAAUGAAAUAUUUGAAUAACUGAUUCAAUUUGUAAUACAAUAUUAGAAUUUACUAAAUAAUCCAUGGAGGGUUACGUAAGUAUGUCCGAAAUAAAUGGAAGCGAUUCCAUUUGUAAAGUACCCCUAGGUUAAAUACCCGAUUCCUAUUUUGGAAGUUUUCUAGCACACAAAGGACGAGUUAUGUACAAAGUGAUGUAUAACAUCGGUUAAUAUGAAUUAUUAAUUGUUCAACUUUGUCAACAUGCAUUCCCACGAGCUCUGAUCAACUGGUACGACUUCACGAUUCCAUUGUAAGAAUACACUUUAUUUCCCUUUCCAUUACAUUGACUCCUUCUCUUUUAUGUUCUCAAACAUUUUGAAGGGUUUUAAAAACAGAUAAUAGAACCUCUUCUUCAAUUUUUGUGAUGGGCGCAGAGAUGCUCAGGGAAUACUAAAUGUUUGAGAAGAUUGAUUGUUUCAUGGUGAAAAAAAGUUAGUUCCGUAACAUUAAAAGCUAAUUGAAAAUCAGAUUGACAAGAGCUAUCAAAGAAUUUCGUUCGGGGAGAACAUGUUUAUGAAAUUUGUUCAUUUAGAUGAAUGUGAUCUUGCAUAUAUUGAAUUUGAUUCCCGAUGUAAAAAUGUGCUGCUCAGGACCGCCAUAUUCCAACGGUGCGUCACACCCUGCAUCCAUGUUUUUCUGCACAAAAUGCGUUACUACUAAGAAAUACCCUGUUCGCACACAUUAGCGAGUUCAGGAAGAUUUCAAAGAAUAGUCCCUAUACUUUACACCUGGUGCUCAUUGAACUCGUUUUUCAUCUUUGACGCCAUCUUGCUUCUGCAAGAUCCAGUGUCAUCAAGACGGUUGUUGUUUAGCAUGAAGAAUAAAGAGGAACAGAAAUUGGAGAACCCAUCGUUUAAUCAGUGGUUUAGCGCGUUCUUCUUCGGAGGCAAAUCAGUAUUGGAUACAGAGAUCUUCGAUAACAUCAAGUCUCUGAUCACACGCCGGUGGAUAUAUUGUGAAUUUUGGUCUUGGUUAUGCGGGUGCUUGGUUUGCAUGGUUUGAGGGUAUCCGCCGUUUCGCCCGCUCUGUAAUCAGCGACGUCGGUGCGUCUUUACGAUCUUUGAUUUCUGCUAUCAACAAUAGCAAAUAAUCACGGGAAUAUGACCAAAAGAUGAACUUUGUUGCAAGUCCUUUAAACAUGCUCACAGACAUUGACGUGUCGCAUUAAACUUAAAUAUCCAGUUCUUAUUGGCAUUUUUACGCGAUAGUACGUUUAGGAUUUAUGGGUUGGGCGUUUUAUUCAUAAACACGAAUUUAGUAAAUUAUGGGGUAGUCAUUUUUUAAAUUGGUCGUUUAACGUUAAGGCUUGCUAGAACCUAUGUGACCUUACGUUUUCUUGGUUUUGUUCUAAUCUAAUACAGAAAGUCUUCUCUCGUUCAAUUUCUUCUCAGCAUUUGAAGUUUAUUUUAUUGAAAUUCUGUCUAUGCUAUAGAGAUUUUUCGAUAAAAUUCUUCCUUAGUGUUGAAAGAAAACACAUGAUAUUGUUAUAGGAGACAAGAACGUGUUUUCGUGUAUUGGAGAUAAGCCGUUUGUCUAAUCUUACAGUGAAUUGCACGAAUACUUUAUUCCAUAACAUUCAACAAGUUGUAUUGUUACAAUGUAUAAUGUCUGAUUUUAUCUGCUAAAUGUUCAUUCUGUCACUGCCUCGUUUUCACUGUUUCGAUACUGGUUGAUAUAUACAUCUAGCGCUAUUUGUGUUGUGUGUCUGAGUGCAAAUAACAGUAGAGUAAACCCCAUCCUUGACGGCGCCCACCGUACAGUGGCGAAAUAAAAGGUGGACGGAUUUGAGCAAAAGUUGAGUAAUGUUAUAAUUUACGGAAUGAACUUAUAAGACAGCAAGUACGCUUGAAUCUGCUUCCGACACGCUAGAUUGUUGUCGGUCCAGCGAGCACUGGAAUUUAAAAAAAAAAAUAUUUUAAAUAUGUUAUAGAAAUCAACAUCGAUUUACCCGUUCCGGUUUAUGAUUCAUUGUACUCUUUACAGAUGGGGGAGUAUUUUAUUAAUUUGAAUUUUAAUAAAGAUGAAUAUUAUUCAUUGAAUGAGCAUUGAAUUUUGAAAACACAUUUAAAACCGAUUUUCUCUCAGUAGCACAUGCAGCCUACAACAAAAACGAACAAGAAAUUGAAGUCCGCAAACCAAUUUAUUUUAUUGUCUUAGAGCAAUUUCUCUUUCCUCACCCAAUGUUUUUUUUCCAUGCCAGUAUGCGUCAAUAAUUAGGGCUUUUAAUUGCGAGGUUCCAAUUCUUAUUGAUACCAUGAGUUGAGCAAGUGCGUCCAUAUUGAGAAAUAAUCUUUAUAGCACACAUGUCGGCGCAUUGGAUUAAUAUGGGACAAACUCUAUGAUUAUAGUUCGAACAUGAAACAUUGUCAACUUAAAAAAGGAGAUUAGAGGGAAUCUAGAUUAUUCCAAGAUGAAGAGGGGAAAGAAAACAUCGGCUGAAAAGAUCCAUCACGACUCAAGCUGAGACGAUGAGAGCCAAUAUUCGAUAGAAAAUACUUUUUUACACGUCUGUUGAUUGAUUUUCUGUCUUAAGAUUAGAAAGGCAGAGUAGGUAGGGAUUUGCAAGAAUAAACAAUUGUCUUGAUAAAAUAUUUUCUGAGAUUUACAAGAUUCGAAUCAUAGACUACUUUUUUUUUGUUACGCCACUUGUUCAUCUCGGCUGAUUGUGCUUCCUAGUAAAUAUACCACAAGAAAAACGUUUAUGAGACUAAGUGGUUGAAAGAUAAAUAUCUUAAAACAAAACAAAAUUCUGGCAGUUCUCCCUAGGUGGGCCUUUGAAGUAGCUGCCAUCACUCUACAAACUCUCUCCGUAUUUUCUUUAUUUUGACAGCGGCAAUGUUCAGCGAUGUAGUUGUUUCUAUAUAAUUCAAAGAACUUUUUUGGAAAGAAUUUGGCAUGUAGAAAUUCUGCAUCUAUAUAUCUCAGAAAAUCAAUUACAGUGACAGUCUCAUAAUUAGCUAUAGGACUCGAAAAUAAGUAUAUUAAUGGGAAUCUGUUGUUUUUUCUACAAAUGCCAGACUAGGCUUAGAGAAUAUUGCAGUAUGCACGAUCUUCUGUAAUAUCAAGAAAUUUAGUUUGGUUAUUUUUUCGCAGACUUCUUGGACGAAUUUUUUUUGAUAUUAGUAAUGACCAUAAAAAUGUCACUGACUGGGAUUUAAUGAGGAGAUAAAUUAUAUGCGGGAAUACACUGCGACGCUUCACUCUAGCUUACUUCAUGAGGAGUGCUAGCGCUUCCUGUAACGAAUACCGGCAUGAUCUGUUGCAGUUCAUAGCUUUAUGUAUUUUCAAAACUGAAAUUUCUUUCUUAUAUUUACAUUUUACUUUCAUUUCUAUCGGAUUUUGAAGUCGAUAAAAUAGACGUACUACAUUUAUGAAGAUUCAUACGCGCAUUGUUCACAACUGCAAUGGUAUCCAUGAGGAAGUGACUGUCAUAAUUUGUAAAGAUAUCAAAGGCAAAAUGUAAAUGUAUUAAAAUAUAUGUAGCAUCUUUACUGUUCUCUUGUUCAUGGAUUUUCACGUGACAGAAACUAAACUCCGACUUAUCGUCGAGUUUUCUGAACACAUUUGUAAAAUUAGAGUUUCUGUCACGUGAUUGAGAUGUACUGUAUUGUUAGUAUACAUUAUGCUGCAAUGGCUUGUCAAAAUGAUAUCUAAUGGAGUCUAACGAACAAUGAUGGAUUGAGAAAAAAUGAGGGUUUGUUGUUUGAACGUGUAAGUCUGACGAAGCAUGCACAAACUUCCCAUCACAAUCUGCAGAGUAAAUUAAAACAGGGGUUUUUAUCUCGCUGAAGUUAAUUGGGUGUGAUAAAAUUAAUUUAUCACUUUAGACUUUAUCAGGUAGGGGUCGAUAAAAAUAUAUCCGAACGUCUUGUUUCUAGCAAACUGAUCCGACUCCCGGGUGCAGUUUUGUUUACAUUUUUGAAAGAUCCAAAGAUUGUAGUUUUUGAUAAGUCUGCAUUUCGUUAUGCGUCAUAAACUUGUCAUUUGCGGUCAUUAGUCGGACCAUUAGUGUUUUCAAAUCCGACAAAAUACGAACUUAUUUUUUGUUAAUUUGAAUGAGAAGGGUGCAUGAAAACUUGGAUCAUUACGCAUCACUCAAAACAUGAAAUUUAAGGUAUGUCCAAACACACACCAAUGAAGAGGAACCGUCUUGCCACUAAAACGUAUAAUUUUUAACCACACAAAAAAAUACUUUCGAUACCCGUAUGCGCGAGGACGAGUGGGGCGUAUUGUGUAGUAAUUACCUUACAUUGAUUAACACUGCACCCUGUUCGAUUUUAUACUUCAACAUUAAUAAAUCGUUACUCAUUCCUUUGGUUUGAUGUAAUUUCAUGUGUCAACCGUUCCUAAAAUCACGAAAUAAACAAUUUUCUCAUCAGUAGUUGUGGCCGACAAGUGGCCAGGUCAUUAAGUUAUUAAAAUCCAAAGGUAGAACCGCUCUAUUGAGGGAGCAUCACGGUAUACAGAUUUUCUAUUGUUAAAACUUUCAUAUUAAAUGGAAAAUGCGACAGACUCCUGCUGACUGGAACGAGUACCCGGUAUUGUCAAGACGAAAAUCUGCCAAAUCCUCUUCCAUUGCCAAUAAACGGGGCACCGCAUGGGAGGGAGAAAGCACUUCGCAUGAUACAAAAACGUCCAACUUCAGCCAUCAACAUUCUCAGAUUUCGUUUCUUUCUCUUUCCAAGUUUUCAUGGGUAGGGACGUAUAGUUUGGUUUGAUUUGAAUUAUUCUGGUAAUUUUCGUUGAGUAGCACCCUUUCCAGUAACACAUAUACAUCUAUACAUAUUUAGUGUGUUCUAUAAAUUCACAAAUAACCCCGUCAUAGAAUUCAAUAUGCAUUGAAUAUAAAUACAGUCUACACGUUUUCAAAAGAAAAGAAAUGUAUAACUUGAUAUAAACAAUUUGAUAACUCUAAGAUAAAAUAAUUCGUAGGAUUAGUUGCUUUGUAUCACUUACGCAUUCCUUUAAAGCCUAACAAAAUGCUAUCGACUGUUCAAAUUCAUUAUGUAAUUUGAGACAUCUACAGAUGUGAAACUUCUUGAUCGUUUGAAUUUAAAGUGCAGUAUAUGGAAGAUUUACAAUCUCUAAACCUUCUGAUUCAUGUGUUCCUCCAAUUUAUGGUUUAUUGACACUGUUUAUGAGCUCACUUAAUAGCAUUUGUAACUUGGAACGCCUUAGACCAUUUUUUUUCUAGUCCAAUAAUCGUUGUGUAUAUUCUAUAUCCUCGCAACUGUGCAUUGUUCGCACCCGAGAAGGCAAUCCGAUGCAAAGCACCUUUUUUUUAAGUUGAGGACAAAUUUACAUCACAACAGCCAUUAUUCGUGUUUUUAGUGUACCCCUACACUGCACCCCGUUCGGAGAUAUAGAACAUUCUUCUCGGAUACUAGAAGAGGAUUAUCAAAAUGAUGUUAAGGAAUGACGAGUGAAAAUGAAAUUUGUUCGGAGUAACACACUCGUGUUUGGUUGUUUCUCCCGGGAGGACGACUGAUCGGGACUAAUAUUCAGUUCAAAAUUGGAUUAUUUUAUCUAUUUUUUGGAAUAAUCGAAAAAAGAGGAACCAAUGAAGACUUGCGGAAAAAAUAUCACAUGUCCACACCACAAGAGCAACAUCUACUGCAGCUCUAUCCACAAAGGGAUCGUUCAGGACUGUGUUAACGACGAUAUAGCGGGGGGAUGGGUGUCCUGUAUGGACAUUGAUAAACCAUGCCCGAUAAACGACUACUGGAUUAACAAAGACACCGUGUAUGUCAAGGAUGGCUGUGGCGGGCGGAUCCACCUGUGCUACACCAGGGAUGCCCCAGCAACACAAACCAAAGAAAGGACAAUGGAGUGUCGCCACUGGAAUUCCUCCUACAAAGUUUGUAAGGUGAAAGACGCUCAAAAAGUACGGAGCAUUGAAAAAAUUGCACAAUUUCCCAUCACAACUGGAUCCCAGUGUAACAAAGGGAUUGAUUACGGAAUAAUAGAAGACUCCAUGUGGAUUAACAAUGGCUGCAAUGGGAUUUAUAAAGUGGAAUAUUAUUCAGAUAAACCUUCCAGUUUUUCACCACCAACUACAAACCGACCAAGUUCGACAACUGCAGCUCCUCUGCAGACGACAAAAUUCCCCGGUGGCAACAUCCAAAAAAACAAUACCACCACAUCAAGAAGCAUCUGGGACUACACUCCAUCCCACACGUCCACCACUCCCAGUGACCCCGUGACCCGGGCUCCCCCCGGAACCAUCUGGAGUGACGGGUUUAUGGGAAUCACGGUGGGGAUAUUGUGUGGUGUGUUUCUGAUGUUCCUUCUGACGUGUUUAGCCAUCCUGUGGUUUGUUAGAAGGUACAGAGUAGAACGGAGAAUGAUGGACAAAGAGAAAAAAGCCAAGAGCGCCUAUCAGAGAGAUGAGGCGUUCGUUGAUGACGGUCGACAUUAUGAGGAAAUUCAUCCCAGGGACACUCCCUACGAAGCACAGCCAUUCCUGUCCUCUCCAAACGGAAUUCAAGGACAAAAACCAAUGAACGGGUCUUUGUCGGAACCGAAUAAUAACCCUUCCAACAACCGCCCUCCGCUGGGCGAGAAUUACUUCAUUCUUGAACCAUCUCAGAGAAGGUCAAAUACCCCUAAUCAAAACAUGGUGGCUAUUCACCCAAAUACUAUGGAGACUUUCCAUUCGGGUAUCCACGGCUUUAUUCCGUGCAUGCCCGGUCAUCAUUAUUUAGUCCAAGGACCGAGUCCACAUCACCAGGCUGUGCAGUCACAACACCCAACUGUUCCGCCUGCUCAUUUGAUUCCAUUAAGGGAGAAGUACAUUAUUUCCGAUCACAGGUCUCUGGAAACUCCGGGAAUAGUGAGAUAUCCAGAUAGAAAUAACACAAUUGGGUCGUGUCAAGUGUCUGGGUUUCGUCACAGUCCAGUGAAUUUCACCCAGGAUAGGCCUGGACAGUAUUCUCUUGAUCGUUUGCAAAACAUGCAAUAUGUUCAACGAUCAACAAGUGUGUGUAGCCAAACGGACCUCCCCGAGGGCGGGGAGGAGGAGGGAUACGAUAAAAUCGAGGAGUUCCGACAGUCCAUUCGAGCACCCUCCGAGAAAAGUAGUAGUCAUCACUACGACCAAGUGCAAUUGACAGAAUCCCCAUCCCACGGGACAGAAAGCAGAUCUCAAUCGACCAAAUCAACACAGGAUAGUUCUACUUCAUGCUAGCUCUAACAAAGAAAAUUAAAAACGUGUAGUAUAUAAUAUAAAGGUUACAGAAUGUGUAUUCCCACUAUCAAGGGACCAAUGCCCAAUGCGUGAAAUCAACGUGUGUGUAAUUUAACUGAGUGGUUCUUGCCUUAUUUUGAGGAUGGACUUUUUAUUAACAGAUUUUUAUACACGAAAUAUCAGUCGUUGUGAUUUUUUUUUAAAACAUGAAAUCCAAAUUCCAUGGUGCUUGCUGUGUAGAUUUUAUUUUCUUUUGAAGACGUUUGUACUACUAUUGUCAUCGUAUUGAAGUAUAUUAAUUUGAAAGUUUUGCCAGAGAAAAUUCGAGUCGUUUUAGUACAGAUUUUAAGGUCUUUGGUGCCAGUGUUAUAGAGUACUAUUUCCCACGUGGAAUAAUAAUUAAAGGGAAACAAUUUUAAGCCCGCUGUUCCACUUGAAAUAUGAAAUCCUAUCCUGAUAUGCAAUUAUAAUUUAUCUUAUUUUUCUGAAAAAGAGAUAUCGACACGUUUGAUCCAAAAUCAUGUUUUUGAUUUAUAACCAUUGGUGUUGUACAAAUCCACCAUACUGCAUUUACAAUGUAUAGCUUAUAUCACCAACACCAAUAGUGAUUCAGAUGACGAUUCAAAGAGUAGAUUAUGCAUAUUUAUUUUACAUAACGUUACAGCUUUGAUUUUAUAAAAUUACCAUUUGCAUUAUCGUCUUAUUUUUAUUAAGGCGCAUUAAUUAGAAAUAUUGAAAAAAAAAACCCACUUUUUUGGUUCUGUUUUAUCCCAGAUGUCAAAAUAAUAAAACGAGAAAAACCCCAUUUCCACAUGGACCAUGUGUGUACGUAUGUGUCAGUUGCCUUAUUGUUUGUUUGGCUGUAAUUCCAAUCAAUAUUAAUAACCCAGUCCGCUUUCCGUCAUUUUACGACACUUCCUGUUCAAUGUAUAUGUAAAGCUAUUCUGAUGACACAAUUUGUAAUUAUAUAGCUGUUGACUUCAUCUAUUCCAGACCAUUUUACUUUCAAAAUGCUCAUUCAUAAGUAUUUGUGGAAUUGUGACAUCCAUUGGCUUUUGUAUCGAAAUUGUUAUCUCGUAAAAUUGAGGAGAUAGAUAUGUAUUUUAUAUAUAUAGGCGCAACAACCGGAAGUACAUUUAUUCAAUUGUGUUGAAUAAAGCUAUGUUAUUCAAUAGAUGAUAUACGCCGCACGUAUGGGGUAAAUGAACACUAUUUUACAGUUUAUUCAUGUAUCUAGGACAGGUGUUGAACAAUGAAUUUUAAAAGGAUAUAUGGAGUGCGAUUUUGCUUCGUUGAAGUGAACUUCUUGUUUAUUUAAACCGAUCUGAAGACUAUCAAUUUAUUGUAGAUUUACUCGAUCGGUUGGUUUAUCUUACCGAAAUCCCAGUGGUUUUGUAAGUCUCAUUGUGAUAUAUGCAUAAUACAAUAAAAGAAACUUAAAACAAGAAA